AUGGCGGGGGUGUCUCCCCUCUACGGCAAUGACAGCCCGCUGUCCCCGGGCCAGGAUAAUGUUCCGUCCGAGACCGGGGGCGAGAGCAGCGGGGAGGAGCACGUCUUUGCGCCGCCGGGUCUCCGUGCGCACUGUGACGGCCAGUGCCUCAUGUGGGCCUGCAAGAUAUGCAAGAGAAAGUCUGCGCCGACGGACAGACGCAAGGCCGCCACGCUCAGGGAGAGAAGGAGGCUCAAGAAGAUCAACGAGGCCUUUGACGCGCUGAAGAGGAAGACCGUGGCCAACCCCAACCAGAGGCUACCCAAGGUGGAGAUUUUACGCAGCGCCAUCAGCUACAUUGAGAAGUUACAGGACCUGCUGCAGACGCUGGAUGAGCAGGAGAAAACGCAAAACGGAUCAUCCCACAACCUUAAAGUUAAAGAACACAGUGUAAGCAUUGGAUACCACCACUCAGAAAAGAAAUCCUCAUAG